GUUUAGGGUGAUCCACAGUUACUCACCUGGCUGUUAAGGCUGACAGGAUUUCGUGGUUGUCUCCAUCCCUGAGGCUACGUGGACGCCCUUCCUGAGAGCGCAUAUCCAGUGUCCUCUGGGGAGUAGUGGAGCGAACUUCAGGACUGACUGACCAUGACUUCUAUAAAGGAGCAGGCAGCCAUCAGCCGGCUCUUGAGUUUUUUACAGGAUUGGGACAAUGCUGGCAAAGUUGCAAGGAGUCACAUCCUCAACACUUUCAUCGAGACCAAUCAAGGCAAGACCGCCCCUGAACUGGAGCAGGAGUUUUCUCAGGGAGCCAGCUUGUUCCUGGUACGCCUGACCACCUGGCUUAGACUCAUCUAUAUGACUGGCUCGUGUUUAGAUAAGCUUCUAAAGUCAAUUGGCAUCUUCUUGUCAGCUGUAAGCAGUAAUCGGUACCUUAUAGAAUUUCUCGAGGUUGGAGGCGUCCUAACACUCUUGGAAAUACUUGGGCUGGAGAAGAUCAAGGAGGAGGACAAGAAGGAAUCCAUCAGGCUACUUCAGGUCAUUGCGAACUCUGGCAGGAAGUACAAGGAGCUCAUUUGUGAAAGCUAUGGUGUAAGAUCCAUAGCAGAAUUUUUGGCAAAGUCUAAAUCAGAAGAGACCCAAGAAGAAGUGCAGAUUCUAUUGGAUUCUUUGGUCCACGGUAAUCCCAAGUACCAGAAUCAAGUGUACAAAGGUCUAAUAGCUUUGCUGCCUUGUGCGUCCCCAAAAGCUCAGCAGCUCUCCCUGCAGACUCUCAGGACUGCACAGUCGAUCGUUGGGACCACACACCCCAGCAUUGUGGACUGCGUGCUGAAGGUACUGCGCACGAUGCACCUGGAAGUGCAGUAUGAAGCCAUCGAGCUGAUCAAGGACCUGGUCAACUAUGACGUGUGUCAGGCGCUGCUCAAGGGCCUCGUGGCGCUGCUGAUACCAUCAGUCAAGGAGACCAGCAAACUGCAGCCCAAGAUCCUCAACGACUCCGCGGUUCUCCAGCUCACCGCCAACCUGCCGGUGUUCUUGCAGCAGGCCGCGGCGGCCAAGGCCAUCGGGGUCCUGGCGCGCAGCAACACGAGCGUCGCCGAGGAGAUGCUGCACCUGCGCGUGGUGCACAGCCUGAUGGCCGCCAUGGGCAACACGGACCACAGCAACAGCCAACGGCAGGCCAGCCUCACGCUGGAGUACUUCGUGCAGAUGUUCCCAGUGGUGGAGGAGCACGUGCGCAGGUCCAUGGGAGAGGAACUCUACGCGCUCUUCCUCAGCAAUGCCGAGGACUUGUACAUGAAAAUAGAUAGCAUUCAGGCGGACAUCUUGGCGGCCAACAAAGUCAAUGUUUCCAAAGCGUUAUCCAUCAGUGGCGUCUCCUACAGCAACAUGAGCUUUUACCUUGGCCCUUGUGGUGAGGAUCAACUGGCUUACACUACAUACUUCCAGAAGGAGGGUUCGGAAGGAAAGGAGUAACGGAGCCUCUGAGGCAACCCAGAAAGGCCAAAGCUGUGUUUUACCUGGCAGAAGGAGCCUAGGGUCAAGCUCAGGGUGACUCCCUCCGUUAGCCCUAGGUGGGAGGCUGGGGGGUUCAUGCCAGUAGGGGAGAGGAAGGGCUGCUGUCUGGGAAAUUUCAAUAAAUAGUCUUGCUGUC